AACUACACAACGAUCAAUAACUUAUCCGGCUCCGCGCUUGCGCGUAUAUCCCAUUUAAACAAAGCCCAGCAAAUUCAGCGCGUAUACCUUACGGGCCCAAAGUACUUGUAGAGUCUUUGCAGUGCAGAGAGAGGGAGAAAGGAGCCAAAACCCUAAUCCUUUUGAAAUGUCGUCGACAGCCAUCGAUUCCGGUCAAGAGCCACCUUCGAAGAAGCCGGCGAUAGAACCUACGACAAAUCUGCCACUUCCAAAAGAGCUAGUAUUGGGUUGCUUAGCCCGCGUCUCAAGAUCGCACUACCCCAUUCUCUCACUCGUCUCCAAGAUCUUUCGUUCGCUCACUUCUUCACCGGAGCUUUACCAGACCCGAUCUCUCUUAAACCGCACCGAGAACUGUCUCUAUGUGUGCUUGCAGUUCCCCAAUGACCCUAACCUCCGCUGGUUCACUCUCUAUCGGAAACCCGACAAAGCGCUUAACAAUAAGAAGAAAAAGAAAAAGGAGACUUCGAGUGGGUAUGUUUUGGGUCAAGUUCGGAUUGGUCAUAGGCUCUACGCCAUCAGCGAUGGCCCCUGCUCUUCUAACGUCUUCUUCCUCGACUGUCGAACGCAUGCGUGGGUCGAAACUCCAAGCCUGAGGUUUGCUCACUCCUUACCAGAGUGCGGUGGAAUGAUGUAUUUACCAGGAGGCUCCGAGAACCCAGAUUCUCUGAAAUGUGUGGAAGUGUUUAACGUAAAGACACAAAUUUGGAACCCCGUGCCUCCCGAGGAGAAGAUAUUCAGACUCAGAGAUUUACAAGGAAGGGCUUACAAGAACAAUGAUGUAGUGGCGUCUCGUAGGUCGCCUGUGGUUGUAAGGCUAAAGGAUUAUACAUUGCACUUGGUAGGAUCUUAUACUCUUUGUUUGAUAGAGAAUACAUUUUAUCGCUAUGAUGCAUCGUCCAGUGGGAAGCUAGUUUGGUGGAACCGUGAUACCGAACCAGAUGUUUGGAGGAAACCAGAUGUUUGGAGGAAAGUUAAAGGUUUGGAAGGACUGCCUAAGUUUACCCGCUAUAGCAAUGUUUAUCUGGUUGAAAGUGGUGGUAAGUUGGUGGUGUUUUGGGAUACGUGUGUGCCUGCACGUGGUGGGUUUAGGGAGAAGACGAUUUGGUGUGCAGAGAUCUCGUUGGAAACGGGCAGCGGUGAUGGGGUUUGGGGAAAGGUAGAGUGGUUCGAUGCUGUGCUUACAGUACCAAAGUCUUACAAAUUCGUGUAUGCUAUUGCUGCUACCCUUUGAAGGGAAUGAAUCAGGUUAUGUUUUGUUAGUAUAUGUCAUUUCUUGAAGGUAUGUCAUGUUUCUUGUAGAUGAUUAAGCUUAUUAUGUAUCUGUCUCUUUGAUUUCAAACUCUUUAGGCUACUCUUCGAUGAAUGAGUCAUGAGACAAGCGGCUUCCAACUUGUAUGUGUUUGUCUUGUGUUUUUAGCUACUUGUAAACCUAUGCAUUCACUUUUAGCAUAGUUUUUGUCUUUUAAAACGCUUUUUGUUUGUUGAUGUUGCAUUAGUUGCAUAGAAGGCCUACGG